CCUCGAAGUCAAACCAGACACUGUGGGAAUAAUUUGGAAAUUUGGAGGUCCUUGAAGGUCUUGGAGGUCUUUUCAACAGCUGUUCGUCUUGCCAGGCGUGAGAAACCUGUUUAAAAAUAUUUGUGAAAUGUCCAAUCCACUAGAGCGGGUGGUAGCCCAGAAGAAGGAGGCCAUUGAAGCUGUAAUGGAGAUGUUUGAGAAGGGUGCUGAGGUGCUGGCCAGCACUGUUGGAGAGUUAUCACCUCUUUUUGAGGCUGCUGCUCCAGUCCUCAAGCUAGUCCUUAAUAACGUGGAAAGCAAGGAAGUGAUAUAUGUCAAAGAUCAGUUUCUAGUGGUGAGGCGCAAAUUAGAUGUCCUCUCAUCUCAACUGCAGGACAUUGAUGUUGAGAUCAGGAGGAGACGUUUGGAUUCUCAGUUCUUCUCUGUGGAAGAGAAUCUGCGCAACCAGUUCAGAAAAUACAUAGACAUUCUGGAGGCCAAACCUGAGUACAAGGAGGUCAAGAAACGCUUGUUCUUGGAGCAUUUUUUUAUAACAGGAGGAGAGAAAAAUCUAUGUGUGCUUUAUGAUGCUUUGAUUGGGAACAGCACAUUUGGGGAGCCAAUUCUAGAUGUUGUGGAACAGUACGAGGCCAGAAACAGGAGGGUCCUGGAAGACUUCUGUGUAAGAUUGAAGGAGCUUCUCUGCUUGGGAAUAAUCGCUCUACUGGGAUAUUGUUUCCUUAAUCUGGGCGAAGAGGCAGAGCAGGAGAAGAUGCAAGAGUGGAGCACCAAGAUCCAAGAAAUUGAGAUGAAAAUGAAGGAAACCAUUGAGAAAUGUGUGAAUUCAUUUCAAGAGCAAGCUGAAUUGGACAUCAAGAGGCUUAUGAAGGAAAGAGAGGAUAGGAACCUCCAGGAAAUGGGCAAUGAACUGCUGGACUUCCUAGUCAAGAAGUACGACUGGGUGAGCUGGUCCAUCCGUGUCAUUACUAACUUGGGCAAAAUUCGUAACUGGAGAGCUGGAGAAAACUUUCAGUCUAUGGCCGGCCAGAAAUACUUUGAAGUAUCGCAAGGAACUGAAACCAUCCUGGUGGUGUCCUACUGCAGCAACCCUCAACCUGUGCCCAAUGAGAACAUAAAACAGAUUAUGGAGGGUCCUGCAAAGAAGGGAGAUGCCAAAGCUGUAGUUGGGGUUCUGGAGAAACAGUUAGCUGGGUUUUGGGUUCACGCUAUUAGUCGUCACAAGGAAAGCUUUGCUGUGUCGAGUUUUCCUGAAGACUGCCACUACUGGGAGAAACAUAAGAAUGUGAAUCUGUGUGUGCAUUCAGAGUAGAGUUAUUGUCGCACUUUACAAAUAGGCAUGUGUAUACUGAAUUUCUUAUAUCUUAAAGUCAUGUUAUAUUUAAAUGUCUCUCUAAAAACAUCUGAAUAGGUAAUGUUAAGUGUUGUGACACAAGCAAAUAUGUUGUAGUAAUAAAGAAAGCUUUUGGAACCACUGAGAAAAUACUGGCUAAGAAAAAUGUUUCCCCAUUUAGCUCGUGUAAUAAUAAUGUGCUCUGGUUUACUCAGAGCUGAGUGUAUCUGUUCCUCA